AAUUGUAAAGAUUUAUGUGAAGUAAAAUGACUAGUGAAAACAAGCAUGCAUUAAGAAUGAAAUACAACUGUUUUUUCCUGUUGUUUACUAAAAAACAACCUGGAUGCAGAGUUGCAUUUGUAAUCUCAUCUAUUUGGGAGGUUGAUGAAACAACUUUGAGGUUGAGGCCACCUUGGGCCUUUUAGACUCCUGUCUCAAAAAAUUGUGAGUGUUUCAGGUUUGGGAUCAAGGUCUGAGGUGAGGGUGGCAGGCACCAUGUCCAACUGUGAAGGUAGCAAGAAGAAGCCCCUGAAACAGCCUAAGAAGCAGUCCAAGGAGAUGGAUGAGGAAGAAAAGGCUUUUAAACAGAAACAAAAACAAGAGCAGAAGAAACUUGAGGAGCUAAAAGUGAAGGCCACUGGGAAGGGCCCCUUGGCCACAGGUGGAAUUAAGAAAUCUGGCAAAAAGUAACUCGUUUCUUGUGCCUGAAAUGAUGGUGACUAUUAAUUCCAUUCCUAUGAAACACCAGUACCCCCACUGUAAUAUCUUUUGCCACCUAUAGCUACAAUGAAGUGUUGUGUGGAGUCUGUUGUAAAUUUAAGAAUAAACUUUUGUUAAAAAAAAAAAUUGUGGGUGUAACUAAACGAUAUUCUGUUUGCCUACCCUGAGCAAGGCCUUAGGUUUAAUUUCCAGCACCACAAGGCUGGGGCGGAUGGGUGGAGAGAGAAAAGAUACAAAAAGGACAAGCUAUAAGGAAUCAAUAAAUUUUCUCUUUUUAAAAGUAAAAACUUCUAGGGGCUGGGAUUGUGGCUCAGUGGUAGAGCGCUCACCUCACAUGUGUGAGGCCCUGGGUUCGAUCCUUAGCACCACAUAAAAAUAAAUAACAACUAAAAAAUAAAUAAAAUAAAAAAUAUUUUAAAAAGUAAAAACUUCUCUAUAACAAAAUGUGUUGUAAAUAAAAGAGGUAAGUCCCUGGUUGAUAGGAGAUUUUGCCACACAAUCAACUGAAAGCUGAUUAAAAUACCAAAAAAAUUAAUAUAUGAAAAACUCAUUUAAACUGAUAAGGAGAAGACAACCUAUUAAAAAAGGAGAUCAAAAUGAAGGAGCAACUUAGCCCAAAUGGCAAAUGAGAUGGUUAGAGUUGCCAGUUCUCACUAAUAAUCAAGGAGAUGCAAAUUAAAGAAUAAUCUUUUUGAUUGGCAGAAACUCAAUAUUCUGACAAUACUUCCUUUUAGUAAGGAAACAGAAAAGUCUGAACUCUGCUACAUUUGUUUGAAAUGGACAUUAGAGUAACCAUUUGGAAAGCAUUUUGUUAAUAUCUGGCAAAGUCAAGAUACUCCAAAUGCAGUAAUUUUACUCUUAAUUAUAAAGAGAAAAAUCUAGCAACUACACAUGAGGAGACACGUGUGAGAAUUGCAGCAUUGUUUUCAUAGUGUAAUGUUGGAACCAUCGUAAUAUUCACUAGGAGGGCAGUGAGUGAAUUGAUUAACUGUGGUAGAAUCAUGAAAUGGGAUGUUAUUUAGCCAUUAUUGAACUUUACAUCUGUUAAUAGGAAAAAUGAUAUUAAACUAAAGUGAAAAGUAGACUAUAGUGUGAUAAUAUUUCUUAGAGAUUAAAAACAAAACAGUAUUAUAUAUAAAUACAAAAACAUGGAAUAAUAACUUCUGGGUAGUGGUCAUCUCGUAGAGCAAAUGAGGGAGCUUUAACUGUUUUUAAUACAUGUGUUUAUAAAAAUGAUCUUGAGUGAGCAUAGCAGUUUUCAAACUUGUUGAAUUUGAGCAGUAGAUAUAUGGUUGCUUUUUAUAUAUUCCAUAAUCUGUAUAUUUGAAAUAUCAUCUAGGAAAAAUAUAACAAAAUUUCUUGA